AUGACGGACGCGAAGCUGAUUACGCUGAGCGAGGCGCUCGGCUGGCUCGCGGAGCAGCGGGUAACUCCGAAGCGCAAUGCCUACGAUACCGUGCGCUACGGCGAGUGGAUUUUGGACAACAAUGAGCUGUCGGCGCUCGGUGACGAACACUGGGCGUUUCUCGAGCAGGUCGGCCUCGCCGCGGCGGAGCUGGGCAAGUACGAGCUUGCGGACUUGUGCUUGUCGCGCCUGUCGACGCGUUUCCCCGACUCGCCGCGAGUCGUGCUCUUUCAAGGAACGGUGCUUGAGUCGAAAGGACUCCUGCGCGAGGCGCAGCACCUGUACGAGACGUUUUUGCGCAUCGAGCCUGUGCACAUGUUGAUCAACAAGCGCCGCAUUGCUGCGAUCCGCGCGCAGCCGGACGGGGUUGCGGAUGCGACCGAGGCGCUCGCCGAGUUUGUCGACCACUUCCCCCUCGACCAGGAGUCGUGGCAGGAGCUUGCGUCGCUGUACACGGAGCAGAACAAGUACGCCCAAGCCGCGUAUGCCCUGGAAGAGCUGCUGCUCCUGGCGCCGCACAACAGCUACUACCUGCUGCAGUACGCCGAGACGCUGUACACGAUGGGCGAGAUUGCCAAGGCCUACAAAAUAUACCUGCGCAUCCUCGAGCUGGGCGAGGGCAACAUGAAGCCUAAGAGUGGACGUGCAUCGGACCGCGUGAGCGGCCCGUGGGUGCGCACACUAUGGGGACUCAAGGUGUGCACGACGCAGCUCCUUGCACACUCGGACAAGCGGACCUCGACUGACGGCGAGGUCACCGCAGAAAAGGUCCCGGAAAUCGACACGCUGGUCACCCAGCUCAUGCUAGAGAAUGUCUAUGCGCCCGAUGCGCAGGACGCUGCGCCUGCGGCAGUGCGUGCCGCGGCGCGGAAAAGUGUAGCGCAUGCGUAG